CACGACUGGUCGAAAGCAAAAUUGCACACAACCGAGUGUGAUGGCGUCGACGACGGCGUUUGCCAAGGCCAAGGUACACAUGUCGGUGUCUCCAUGAGGACUAAUACCGCAGCUUCAUUCCAUCGUUCGUAGCUGGUCAUGAGCUGCAGUUUAGCGCCGUACCAUAUCCAGGACCCGAAGAAAGGGCUGGAAGAUCAAUUGAACCACAUGCUCAUGAAGUACAGCGAACCGGUGCAAGGGGUGCUCUUGGCAUUCAACUCGUUGCAAGUGAUCAACCCGUAUGGCCACAUCAUCAACGAAACGCCAUACAUCCACGUGCGUAUUGCGGCGGAUGCGCUCGUGUUUCGCCCGACGCCAGGCAUGCAGUUGACAGCCACCGUCAACAAGGUUGGCAGUAACCACAUUGGGUUGCUCUUGGCCGGGGUAUUCAACGUGUCCAUUGCCGCAACUGAAAUGCCGUCUGGCUUCGUGCACAACUACCACGAAGACGCAUGGGUCGGCAAAGACAGCAGCGCCAUCGCGGUCGACGACGCCGUCGAGUUUCGAGUCCUCCAAGUGCAUGUCGCGCAUGGCGUGAUCUCCAUCGACGGCUCCAUGCGGUCGCUCCAGCCCCACGCUGUCGCAUCCGACCUCCCAUCGCUGCCCAACGUAUCGAAGAAGGCGGCCAAGACUCUGAAGCGCAAGCACGUGGCAUUUGAAGACGAAGUACUGGAAGCAUCCGAGCCGACGCAAAAGUCAAAACAAGCAGCAGACGACGACGACGACGAUAUCGUAGUGGUUACGAAGGCCAAAAAGGCGAAAAAAGCAGCCAAAUCAACCAUUCAGCCACAACGUCAUAUCGACCAAGACGACGAAGCGGUGGUGCCCCCGGUCAAGAAGGCCAAGAAAUCGAAAAAAAAGUCCACAUUGAACGAGUAAUUACGAACUACCCUGGUUUGACUCGUGGCAAUUCUUAAACAUAUUGGUGUACCCGAAAUCUGGUUGACUUUAGUGCUGAU